AUGGGAGAGGAACAACCGGGGGACCACGAUCCCAUUGCAGACCUGAUCGUCACCUACAAUGAACUCAACAGCUCCCACAUCGAGGAGCUCCACGAAGAGCCCAGUGCGCUCGAGUUUAUGAGAUUUGUAGCCAGAAACACCCCUUUCGUCGUAAGAGGCGGUGCCGCAAACUGGAAGGCAACCCAGACAUGGACCGCCGAGUAUCUGUCCAAUUUUCUUGGAGAUGAGACUGUCAAUGUUGCCGUCACUCCUUAUGGAAACGCCGACGCCCCAACCAUCCAUCCCCAAACCGGCUCUCUAGUCUUCGCCAAGCCCCACGAAGAAGACCAGUCCUUCAACGACUUCCUCACCUAUGUGAUUCACCAAGAAAAGACCCGAGGACUUCGCAAUUCCGAGGUUCGCUAUGCUCAAACUCAAAACGACAAUCUCCGACAAGAAUACCUCUCCCUCUACAGCCACGUCCCGCCCACCAUCCACUGGGCCCGCAUCGCCUUGUCCAGUCCCCACGAGGAAGCCAAACCGGAAGCCGUCAACCUCUGGAUCGGCAAUUCCCUGUCGACGACCGCUCUGCACAAAGACAACUACGAAAAUGUCUACGUGCAGAUUCGGGGCAGGAAACACUUUGUGCUGUUGCCGCCGCAUUGUUUGCCUUGUGUGAAUGAGAGUGAACUGAAGAGUGGGGGGUAUGUGCGUCGCCAACACCAGAAAACCAGGGGCGAGGAGGAAACUGGAAGGGAAGAAAAGGGGCAACUGGAACUGGUGAUGGAAAAGGAAGAAGAUGAGGAGACAGGAAAAGAACAGGAGGUAACAGUCCCCUUCGCUAUCUGGGACCCCGAUAAGCCAGAGGAGAACGCCACGCGGUAUUCGAAGCUGGCGGAGCCGAUGAGGGUGACGCUCGAGGAGGGGGAUAUGCUUUAUUUGCCUGCCAUGUGGUAUCAUAAGGUCUCACAGUCUUGCUUGCAGGAAGGGAUUUGCGUUGCUGUGAACUACUGGUACGACAUGGACUUCACCGGGCCUCUGUACCCGUUUACCUCCUUUGUGAGGGCAGUCAACCAGCAGCAGCAGGAGAAAAGUAAAGAAUGA